CGGGAUCGACCAGAGCUGCCUCCAACUACUAACCACAGGUCUCCUCCACAGUCGUCGAAGAGGAAGGUGAAUCGAGAAAAGCGAAAGAAGAAGAAGAAGAAGAAGAUGGGAGGAGGAAUGGAGACGAACAAGAACAAGUUCAUCGAGGAUUGGGGAUCCGCUAGGGAGAAUCUCGAGCACAACUUCCGAUGGACACGUCGCAACUUCGCUCUCAUCGGAAUCUUCGGCAUCGCCCUCCCCAUCAUCGUCUACAAGGGCAUCGUCAAAGAUUUCCAUAUGCAAGACGAAGAUGCAGGCAGACCACACAGGAAGUUCCUAUGAGCUUGUUUGCGACAACACUCUCUUCUGCAAAAUGUCUCAGCUGUGUGAAGUUUUCAAGAAGCUGAUGCUAUCACUCUCCUUUCUUUCUUUUUUUUUGCAUUUUAUCCAGAAUAAAAGAACAACAUCUGAAGGAUUAUAAUUGCUGUUUCGAAAAGUUUGUUUUGAUUGGCAAAUAAAAAAACUUAAGUUCGCCCA